UGACCUUGGCAGCUCGCCGGCUUUAGCUCGCCCAGCUCCACACAGAGCCUCAGCCUCCGAGGAACAGCAGUGCGGUACAGGGCCAUCUGGAAAAGCACGAUCCAUGGCUGCGUUGAGAUGCACAAGGCUGAGGUGGGCGCUCCUGGGCACGCGUGUGGUGGGCCGUGGCCUCUGUCCACAGGGGGCCAGAGCCAAGGCUGCAAUCCCGGCAGCUCUCCGGGCAGAGACUGUGGAGGGUCCUGGAGGAGGUCAGGACCCGCGGCGGCUGCGCAGUCUGGAGGAGCUUCCCGGACCCGGACAGCUACGCCUUUUAUCUCAGCUAUUCCUCCGAGGCUAUAUCCUGCGUUUGCACGAACUCCAGGCGCUGAACAGGGUCAAGUAUGGUCCAAUGUGGACAUCCGCCCUUGGGACUCAGACCCAGGUGAAUCUGGCCAGCGCCCCGCUCUUGGAACAAGUGAUGCGCCAGGAGGACAAGUUCCCCACACGAGACCACAUGGAGCAGUGGAAGGAUCACCGGGACUACAAGGGCCUCAAAUACGGCAUCUUCAUCAUACAAGGAGAGCAGUGGUACCACCUUCGUCAGGCUUUGAACCAGCGGCUGCUGAAGCCCGCCGAGGCUGCACUCUACACAGAUGCUUUCAAUGAGGUGAUUGGUGACUUUAUAACCCGACUGGACCAGGUGCGGGCAGAGAGUGCAUCCGGGGACCAGGUGCCAGACAUUGCUCACCUCCUCUACAACUUUGCCUUGGAAGCCAUCUGCUACGUUCUGUUUGAGAAAAGGAUUGGCUGCCUGGAGCCCACCAUCCCCGAGGACACUGCCACCUUCAUCAGAUCUAUUGGGAUCAUGUUCCAGAACUCAGUCUAUGUCACUUUCCUUCCCAAGUGGACUCGUCCUUUUUUGCCCUUUUGGAAGCGAUACGUGAAUGGCUGGGAUAACAUUUUUUCCUUUGGGAAGAAGCUGAUUGAUCAGAAAGUUAAGGAGGUAGAAGCCCAGCUACAGGCAGCUGGGCCAGAUGGCGUCCAGAUAUCCGGCUACCUGCACUUCCUGCUGACCAAUGAAUUGCUCAGUCCUCAGGAGGCUAUCGGCACCUUUCCUGAGCUGCUCCUGGCUGGCGUGGACACGACAUCCAACACACUGACCUGGGCCCUGUAUCACCUUUCCAAGAACCCAGAGGUCCAGGAGGCCUUGCACAAGGAAGUGGUGGGCGUGGUGCCCUUUGGGACGGUGCCCAAGCGCAAGGACUUUGUCCACAUGCCCCUGCUCAAAGCUGUCAUUAAGGAGACCCUGCGCCUCUACCCUGUGGUUCCCGCAAACUCCCGAAUCAUCACAGAAAAGGACAUUGAAAUCGAUGGCUUCCUUUUCCCCAAGAAUACCCAGUUUGUGUUUUGCCACUAUGUGGCAUCCCGGGAUCCCAGUGUCUUUUCUGAGCCUGACAGCUUCCAGCCUGACCGAUGGCUGAGGAAUAAAGGGACUGAAAACUCCAGGAUCCAACACCCAUUCGGUUCUGUGCCCUUUGGCUACGGGGUUCGGUCCUGCCUGGGCCGAAGGAUUGCAGAACUGGAAAUGAAAUUGCUGCUUUCAAGGCUGAUACAACAGUAUGAGGUGGCUCUGGCUCCUGAGAUGACGGAAGUGAAGUCUCUGGCCCGCAUUGUCCUGGUUCCCAACAAGAAGGUGAACCUGCACUUUCUGCGGAGGCAAUGCUGAGCUGGGCUCCUGCCUCCAUGGGGCUUGGCCAGAAGCCCUGGCAUAGCAGUCUCUGGCUGGUCUCAUGUCACAUGUAAGCAUGCCUGAUUGACAGGGGAGCUCUAUGCCUUUCCCAUGGACCCCAAAUGUCUGGCACGAUCUCUGCUGAGCAGCACGUACUCGAGACAGUAAAGCACCUUGUAUCACGCAGCAAUCCUUGGGUACAAUUUAAAAUAAAAUGUAAAGUUCCAA